CAAGCCGCAACGAUAAUUCACCAUAUCAUUCGUCCGCUUCAGGAGGACAGUGUUGACUGACAACACAAUGACGAGGAGUGGCGGACGCAUCGCCGUGGUCACUGGCGCCGCGGGCUUCCUUGGCUCACAUCUGGUGGAGGAGUUGCUGGAUGACAAGGACUAUGUCGAAGUACGGAUCUUGGAUCUUCGACCCAUCGACAACGAGAUCAUCGCUGGACACAAAGGGCGGGAGAAGUUGGUGAGUGUGACUGGCUCCAUCACGGACGCGGCGUGUUUGACUAAGGCCUUCGCUGACGCGGAUGUCGUGUUCCACGUGGCUGCCUUGGUGGAUUGGGGACAGCGCCCUGCACACGUGCUUCACGAGGUGAACGUCGUCGGCACACAGACCGUGAUCACGGCGUGCCUGGAGCAGCACGUGCCUGCCCUCGUCUUCACGAGCACCAUGGAUGUUGUUUGCUGGAGAGGCAAGCAUCAUCGCGGGGUGACGGACGAGCAGGCCAAGGUGCCACCGACACCAAGCCAGUUCCUGUACGGGGCAUAUGCAACAACAAAGGCGCAGGCAGAGCAGGAGGUGCUGGCAGUCAACGGCACGCAGCUGCGGACGUGUGCCCUCCGGGUCACUGGCAUGUAUGGAGAGCGUGAUCCGUACCACUUGCCCAAUGUGAUGAACGCAGCCAAAUCGGGCUCCCUCGCUGUUCGUCUCGGCAGCCCCGACAUUGUGAUGACGCACAUCUACGUCAAGAACGUGGCCCACGCGCACGUGUGUGCGGCACGCGAGCUCCUUCGUGCUGAUCCGCGGUGCCAGGGCCGCGCCUAUCUCCUCUCAGAGACCACAACCGCAGAAAACUUCUGGGAGUUCUUUGAGGAGUUUGUUGAGGCCGCCGGGUACAGGAUGCCGCCAGCAUGGCCGUACAUCCCAGCAUGGCUGGUCAUCUUGCUGGCCUACAUCAACAUGGCACUUGCGUGGGUCCUCUCUCCAGUCGUCACCUACACUCCAACCUUGACACCUGGCGCCGUCACAGGCAUUCUUUGGUCGCAGUGGUUCAUCGGCACGCGCGCAAAACCCGAGUUUGACUUCCAGCCCAUCAUCACACCUGAAGAAGGGCGUGCGCGCACGAAGCAAGCCAUGCUGCGGGACCUUGACAAGUCGUCAUAACACACACACACACACACACACACACUCUCUCUCUCUCUCUCUCUCUCUCUCUCUCUUUCAUGUGUUCACUGCCUGAAGUUGUUUAUGUGACACUAAAUGGACAGAGAAG